AUGUUGUCCGAACCUCCCACUAUUGUGAUUGUCCAAGGCUCUUUCCAGACGCCAUUGGUCUAUGAAUCCCUUCGAACGGGUCUCCAAGACGCAGGAUACCCCGUUGUUCAUCCCGUCCUACCAAGCUGUUCUAACGUAGAUGACGCUGAUUUCCCCACUCGCACCCUGAAAGAUGAUGCGCUGGUCGUUACUCAGGCCAUUGACGAACUGGUGCAGCAGGGAAAGCGCGUGGUGGUAGCCAUGCAUUCAUAUGGGGGCCUUGUCGGCAGCGACGCCAUUCCGGAGAGCCUCUCCCACGCAACCCGGCAGGCUCAGGGUCGGAAGGGCGGUGUGGUCCACUUGUUCUACUUCGCGGCCUUCAUUCUGGGCGUGGGGCAGUCAGUCCUCGGCACCUUUGGUGAGUCGCCGAAUAAUAAUAUCACGUCCGACGGCCGGUUUACGAUUAAGAACGGGGCGGAAAUUCUCUACAAUGACCUUCCCCAACAGGACGCCAAGCUGUGGGAGUCCCGGUUGAUUCCACAGUCGUACCUUGUGCAGUCCACCCCCCUGACUCGUGCGGCUUACGAAUACAUACCCUCCAGCUAUCUUAUUACCGAAAACGACCAGGCAGCCAAGUCCGAGUACCAGGAGAUGUUCGCAGGGACAGCCAAGGCGCAUAUCGAACGAUGCACUGCGGGGCAUUCGCCAAUGCUGAGCCAGCCGAAGAUGUUGGUGAAAAGGAUUGCGGCUGUGGCCGACAAGGUAGUGGCAAUUUAG